AUGGCCCCCCUCCCCGCCCUCUUGCUCGCGUCGGCUCUCCUCCUUGCUGGUUCGGCCUUGUUCAACCGCUACGACGCCGGAAGCAGCGGCACAACCACCACCACGCAUCUGCAUUUCUAUAUGCAUGAUGAUUACACUGGCCUGCGCCCCACAGCGAUGCGCAUCGUGUCCGGGCGGUCCCUUGGCAUGCCGGCCGUGAGCGACAACACCAACAGUACGGUGCCAUCCACAAGCGCACCACGGCAGUUCGGUGACAUCGUGGCGCUGAACAACGCGCUGACGGAGGGCCCUGGCUGCGGCAGCGCAUGGGUGGGCACGGCCCAGGGUUUCGCUGUGCGCGUGUCAGAGGGCGGCGUUGUCUCUGACCUCAGCAUGCACCUUGUGCUGGGCGCCGGCGAUUACAGUGGCAGUUCGCUGGCGGUGAAGGGGCGCAUCGACAUGGAACUGGCGGUGCGCGAGUCGAUGAUUAUCGGCGGCACUGGCCAGUUCCGAUUGGCGCGGGGGUACAUGCUCAGCAAGAGUUACGACUACAGCCUCGCCGCGGGCGGCAUCGUGGAGAUUGACCUCUACGUGCAGGUGCAGCACGACUAG